AUGGCGGUUGACCUGGCAGUAACCCCACCAGUCAUAGACUGCGGCGCGAGGCCAUCGUGCCAAAAAAACCAGCAGAACCGCCCGCACACGAGCCUCGCCGCCGUCGCCCGCACAUGCGAGCCUCGCCGUCACCCGCGCCGUCGCCCGCGCCGUCGCCCGCAGCCGCCACGCGCCGCUGCUGUCGCCAUCGCCCGGCCGCCUCUCCACGCGCCGCCGCCGUCGUCGUUGCUGCAGAGCCACGCCACCUACCUCUCCACGCGCCGGCCGCCGCGUCGCCCGCGCCGCCGCCCGCCGCUCUACCUCUCCGCGCGCCGGCAACCCGAGGUGAGCGCUCCCUCCUCGCCUCGCCUCCCUCGCCUCGCCUCCCUCGCCUCUCGCCGCCGCGCGCUCACCGGGAGGAGCCCGCCGCGUGCGCGCCGAUCGCCGGCGGCGCUCGCUGCCUCCCUCCCAUCACGCCCCCAACCCGUUCGAUUAAAUGCCGCGAAGAGCCCCUUGGCCGCCGCAGACGCGCACGGCGUGGGUGGCAGCAGCGGCGCCCCGGCCACGACGCGCCGGAGCUCCCCGCUCUCGUGCAGGGGUGCGCACGUCGUCGGCGUCGCCGACGAGGCGGCCGACCACGAAGAGCUGUGGCACCGGACGGUCCCGCCGCAUCAGCACGCGGUGGAGGACGAUCUUGCCCGAGCCGCCGGUGCCCGCGGGCGGCGCGUCGUCGUCGAGGACGGCAACGAUGCCAUUGUGGUCCUUGGACGAUGA